AUGGAAAUAAAAGAUCUGGCAGAUUUAUAUGGUGAUGAACUUAAACUGACAAAACUUAUUAGAAAAAGCUCGGCACGUGCUCUGGAAAUUGCUAAGAGACAGGAAUUGGAUUCUUCCGAUGGACAAGUCAUCGAUGACCAUGAUCAAUUUUACAGAGAUCACAAGUUAAUUCUUCUAUUAUUUAGAACUUACGGUUUUAUAUCAGAAAUCAUGGAGCACGGGAUAACGUUUUCUUUUAAAGAAAUGGGUCUUCUUGUAGCCAGCGUGUACUGCAUGGUACUUCUGUACAUUUACUGUGAUUGUUCACAUAAAGCCUCAGAUAAUAUAGCUCUAAGAGUUCAAAGAUCGCUAAUGGAAAUUGAUCUAACUACAAUUAAUCUAGACACAGGGAAAGAGGCACUGCAUAAAACCGAGUUUUCCAAAUUAGAAGAGUGUGAAAACCGAAAACAAGUUGCUUCUAAAUCACUGGAACAGGCAUCAUCUUUCAAUCAAGGUAUUAAAUCUGCCAUGAAACAAAUAUCGCUUCAAGAAUUUGUCGAUAAAAUGAAACAAUGGGAUAAUAAUUCUUUGAAAUUAUUGGCAGUGGAUAAUUGUAUAAGUAAAAUGGUUGCGUUGGAGGACUUGCCAUUUAGUUUCGUGGAAAGUGUUGGAUUCACAAUACUUAUCAAGCAUUUGUGUCCGCCUUACAAUUUAAAGUCGCGUCAGUAUUUCACUUCGUUUAUAUGCGAUAAAUUAUUUGGCAAAGUAAGUCAGAAAAUUCUUGAAUUACUAAAAUCUUUCGAAAAAUUAUCACUUACUACCGACAUUUGGUCUGAUAAUUGUUCUGGAGUUUCAUUGCUGAGUUUAACUUGUCAUGGGAUAACAAAAGAAUUUGAAAGGAAAAUGAUAGUGUUAAAAGCAGAAGUGUUUAAUGAAGACCGCCACACCGGAGAAAGUAUUGCUCAUAAACUUAAAGAUAUCUUGUCGUUUUGGGAAAUACCCAAAGAAAAUGAAAUGUGUAGUUCUUCAUGCAGGUGCUUAUAUCAAAAAAGGUGUUAA